UGGCCCUUUUGUCAUUGGGAACUUAUGUCCAAGCUUGAGGAUUACAAGCACAAGUGCCAGUUGUUUACUUCGAUCUACCGAUAGAGAUAGCUCCAUAUCAAGAUAUUAUGAGGCGAUCCUGGAUUCAAGCAUCACUUUCAUGGUUUUUAACUCCUCCGAAGACGAGCUACUUCUUUCUGAGAGGUUGCGGAUUUUUGAUCUUUCUCAUAAUGAGUUCGGUGGGUCACUGCCUGCAGAAGUUUUUGAAAACUUUAGAGCAAUGAUCAAAUUAGAUGAUGCAGACAAAGGCGAGAUCGAAUAUAUGAGACCAAUCGUAGGAGCCGAUGUUACGUAUGAUGAUUCAAUAGGGUUAGUGAUAAAAGACCAUGAAACUGAGCUAGAAAGAAUUGCUACAAUUCUGACAGCCAUAGAUCUAUCAAGCAACCAGUUUGAAGGUGUGAUUCCGAUAACAGUAAAGGAUCUUGGCUCACUUUGGCUACUCAAUUUGUCCCAUAACAAUCUCAAAGGUGAUAUUCCAAUGGAACUCGGGCAAUUGAAUACGCUUGAAGUGCUAGAUCUCUCUUGGAAUCGUCUCACUGGAAAGAUACCACAAGAAUUGACAGGAAUAAAAUUUCUGGCGAAGUUAAACCUCUCUCAAAAUCUUCUCGUUGGACACAUUCCUUAUGGUCCACAAUUCAACACAUUUGAAAAUGACUCGUAUGAGGGCAACCUUGAUUUAUGUGGUCCUCCUUUAUCAAAGAAAUGUGGAACAAGUGAUCCAUCGGAUGUUCCUCAACCAUUGGAUUCCGAAGAUGAAGAAGAAUACGAGUCAUAUUUCUCAAGUGGAUUUACCUGGGAAUCAGUAGUCAUAGGCUACAGUUGUGGACUAGUUGUUGGAACUGUCAUGUUGAGCCUCAUGUUUAAAACUGGUAAACCGAAAUGGUUUGUGGAGUUUCUUGAAGGCAUCACUCCCAACAAGAAGAGAAGGCCAAAGAAGAGAGCUCAGAGACGACACACUUAAAGGAACAGUGAACUUUUCUGUUUCUGUUUUUCUCUUUUUAAUUUUGCUGUUUGUUGUUUGUAAAGUUUGGUAGCAACUCAAUUGUAUGUUAUUAUAGAAUUAAUGGUUGUUCAAGUUAAGCUACUAUGUUUCUAUUUCUUUCCAACUGAUCCUAUUUUAUUUGCUUGGAGAAUUAGUGUUGACUCUGUAGAAAUUUUUACUAAAUCAUGAUAGGAAUUACAAAGAAGAAAAACAAAAAGAUUUACUUAUCAUUCUAUGAUGACAACGGAUAUAGACUAUAGAACGCAUCUUUCGAAUAUGCAGAGGCUGCUAUAUUGAAGUCAAAGAAGUUUUAUGGACCUAUAAGUGCUUCCCAGACUAACUUUUGCUUUCCCAAGUUGCAUAUUUUUGAUCUUUCUCAUAACGAAUUCAGUAGCUCUCUGGCUGCAAAAGUUUUUGUAAACUUCAGAGCAAUGACCAGAUUACGUGGCGCAAACAAAGGUGAAUCACACAUAUGGAAUAUCUUAUCUUUUUUUGACAUAGUAUAUGAGGAUUUUGUGAGGUUGGUGAUCAAAGGCCAGGAUAUUGAGCUUGAAAGAAUCACCAAAUUUAUGACAGCCAUUGAUCUCUAUAGCAACCAUUUUGACGGUGUGAUUCCGAAAGCCAUAAAAGAUUUUGGCUCACUUUGGCUACGCAAUUUAUCCCAUAACAACCCAGAGAUGAUAUUCCAUUGGAACUAGGGAAAUUGAAUAUGCUUGAAGUGCUAGAUCUCUCUUGGAAUUGGCUCACUGGAAAGGUACAGCAAGAACUGGCAGUCUUAAACCUCUCCCAAAAUCUUCUUGUUGGACACAUUCCUCGAGGUCCACCAUUCAACACAUUUGAAAAUGACUCGUAUGGUGGAAACCUUGAUUAAUGUCAUCAUCCUUUAUCAAAGCAAUGUGGAAUGAGUUAUCCAUCGCAUGUUCCUCAACCAUUGGAGUCUGAAGAAGAAGAAGAAGACAAGUCCUAUUUUGCAAGUGGAUUUACUUGGGAAUCAGUAGGCAUAGGCUACAGUUGUGGGCUAGUUGUUGGAACUGACAUGUGGAGCCUUAUGUUUAAAGCUGGUUAGCCGAAAUGAUUUUUGGAAUUUUUUGAAGGCAUCAUUCCCCACAAUAAGAGAAGGUCAAAGAAGAGAGCUCAGAGACGACGGACAUAAUGGAAGAUUGAGAGGGCCAACUUGUCCUUGUAUAAUAAGUAAUGUUAGAUAAUUAUCCCAUGAAUGUUAUGCUUUAGUAUCUGUUUUACUUUGUGGACUAGGUGAACUUUCCUGGUUCUGUUUUUCUCUUUCAUUUUCUGUUUCUUAUCUUUUUCAGUUCUUUUUUUAUCUUUUUCAUUUUCUUUUUUCGUAUCUUUUUCAGUAAUUAUCAUGUUACUACAAUUGAUUUUUGCUUGCAAAUAACUAAUGAGUUUGUAUAUGAGAGGAAUGUGCUUUCGUGAA